AUGCCACCAGACGUGAUCGACCUCAUCUCAUCCAGUCCUGUGUCAUCAUCCGUCGGACCAUCGGCGAGCACCUCGCAUGCGUUUGAAGCCUCGCAGCCAUCGCCAACUCGACACGAGCCGGGACCAAACACAUCACCCAGGCAUCGCGGCCGUAUAUCGUCGAGUCGUUGUGACAAGCAAGCUCUUCCAGAUGGCGUGCAACACAUAGCAAAAUGCAUUCACGAAGUCGACGACAUCGACGAACCGGACGACCUGGACGUUAUUUUUGACCUAGUCGAUGAUCGACAAACGAAACGCAGAAGGGUCGUGGAACGGGAUGACACGCAGACAACCCGCGACAGGCCCAUCAGUUCAAUCCUGUCGCAGCCCUCGUUGCCCCUGAAAGAGCAGAAGAAUCGCCGCCAGAACAGAGCAGUGUUGGAGCCCAUCGAGUUUACGAGCUCCCUGGGGCCAGUUUCGCCAGCCAAGGAAAACUUCAUCGACAAAGGCUUCUCGUCGGAUAAGUUUCUUGCUAAAAAAGCCGUUGGAAACUCGGUAUCCGAGGACCCAAUCGCAUGCUUCAGCUCCGACCCUUUCGCUAGCUCUCCCCUGCCGCUGUCCGAGAGAUCACUUGCCGGCAGGAGAGCUGUGUCUCUCGAUCAGUGUCGUAGCUCACCCCCAUCGUCGCUGACAACAUCUCGAGCUCGGAACACAGACGCAGAGCACGACAAAGGGGGAGGUCCUUCCGCUCGGCGAACCGCAACAUCUCGACAGUCCGCAAUCGAGGUGCGUGAGGAUGUCGACACCAGCCUAUUGGGCGACGUCCGACCCCAUGGACGGGCCAACGAAUCCGCAGGCUUAGCAGACCUCAUUACCAUCGAUGAUUCUGACUCGUCGAGUGAUUCCAAUGACGAUUUACCAGCUAUUUCAGAGAUGGACGUCUCGAAGCGUCGUGCUCGAUCACCACUGCGACGGACCCAGAGCGACUUGACAUGGUCCGGAUCGAGGUCUAGGACUUCCUACCUGGCUGCAUCGACGAAUAGGGCAAAGCCGAAAAAGACAGCCCACGAGCGAGAGCUCGAAAAGGCGAGAAAGAGACAGGAGAGGGAGGAAGCCAAGGCCGCCAAAGCGGCAGAGAAGCAACGUGCUGCUGCUUUGGUUGAAGUCAACAAGCUUCGCACCGACAAGAAGGUCUCGACGCCGGAAAUGAUUGUAGAUUUGUCGUCUGGUCUUGGCUCAGAGCUGCGGAUUCAAGUCCAAGAGAUGCUGCAAGGCCUUGGGGUGGACCACACCACUUGGAAUGGUCCCGAACACAGUAUUGUCAAAUGGCGCAGAAAGGUCACAAGCAAAUACAACCAUGAUAUCGGCUUAUGGGAGCCCAUUCCCGCAAGGAUCGUUGACGAAGAGAUUGCUCUUGUCAUUGUUGCGGCUGAGGAUUUCGUCGCCAUGGCGCUGGAUGACUUGCUCGCGACUCAUGUCGCGGACAUCAAGAGCCAUCACGGCAACAACAAGUUCGUGUACCUUGUUCAGGGCAUGACGCCUUGGCUCCGCAGGAAUCGAAACAACCGAAAUCGACGGUUUGCCUCUGGUGUCCGAUCCACGAACGCGGCCCCCUCGUCAUCGCGCGCCAGCGGCGAGCACAUCUCCGAGGACGUUGUCGAAGAUGCCAUGCUCGCCCUUCAGGUUGAGCACGGCAUGCUGAUUCACCACACGGCCGUUGCGAUAGACACGGCCAGGUGGGUCAUCAACUUCACACAGCACGUCUCCACGAUACCGUACAGGAUGCAGAGGGACCAGGCCACCUCCGGCGCCGGCUUUUGCAUGGAAAGCGGUCAGGUGAGGACCGGGGACAGCGCCAAGGACACGUACGUGAGGAUGCUGCAGGAGAUUAUGCGGGUGACUGCGCCCAUAGCUCAUGGCAUUGCCGCCGAGUUUGACAGCGUUACGAAGCUGGUGCAGGGCUUGGAACGUGGUGGUCCGGACACGCUCGAUUCCGUGAGGAAGAGUGCCAACAAGGACGGCGCAGUGUCUGAUCGGACGCUCGGGCAAGCCAUCAGUCAGCGAAUAUACAAGGUAUUUACGGGCACAGAUGAAGGAAGCUCGGAUAUAUGA